GGUUCACCAGGGUGGUUCGCACCACGCCCAGCCUCUCCCAUCGCCUUGCCGAUGUCCGAACCGCGGAGGGCAGGAGCCGGAUCUUCCCGCCGUAGAGGCCCCCUGCCUCCGUCGUUUCCUCUCUCCGCCCCCCUCCUUGCCUUGCCACCCGCCCACCCUUCCGCUCUUGCCUGUCGCGACCGCCUGGGCGGGAGGUUGGGGGCGUUCGCGCCAUUUUGUGCAGGGCCUGGAUGAAGGAGAAGUCCUCCAUGACGGGAACAUCCGGGUAUCCACCCACCGCCUCGAAGACCGACCGGCGCACGGCCAAGGCCUGGUCCCCGUACGGCAUCGACCAGGGCCAUCGACUGCGCGCGCUCACGCCGGCUUCAAUCACCCGAAAGAGCGAGGAGGGUGCCAUGAUGCGGAGGCGGAACGCCGUGGCCAGGAGGGAAGGGUGGUGGGCGAAGGCGCCUUUCACCUCAUCCUCCCACGUAGGGGGCAGGAGGGUGUCGGCGUGGAGGAACAAGAGGAUGUCUCCAUUGGCAGCGGCGGCGCCCAGGUUCAUUUGCCGGGCGCGACCGGCCGUGGGGGCGCGAAUGACGCGGGCACCCAAGGCACGGGCCACUCGUUCCGAGCCGUCCGUGCUCCCCCCGUCCACCACGAUGACUUCCACGUGGGGGUCGUGGAUUUUGAGCUUGCGGCCUGGGC